CAGAUCGAAUUUAAUCAGUAUCAUUAUCAGUUAACCAUGAAGAUAAUCGGAUUGCUAGUCACAGUAUUUGCAGGAUUUGCCUAUGCUAGCUGCAAUAGCUAUGGAUCGGCUAAGAUUUCCUCACCACCGUGUCCACAGAGCUAUUUGUUUAGCUGCCAGCCAAAUCUAAGUCCCGCUCCCUGUGCCCAGGCCCCAGCAGCCUACCCCUCCUCAUAUGGUUCAGCUGGUGCCUACACCGAGCAGGUGCCCACUUAUAUUGGAUUUGCACCACAGCAGCAUUAUCAACAACAGCGUUAUGCUCAGGAUUUAAUUGAGCAGCUUCGUGGUCUUCAUGAAUUUCCGGGUUAUGAGUAAUCAAAACCUAAAGCCAGCGACGACUAUGACCCAAUAAAUAUAUAUUUCAAUUUACAAAAUAGUUAGACUUAUGAGUUUUUGAUUAAAAUAAUCCAACUGACUCACAUUCA